AUGACUGUCACAGACUUGUUUUGGGCACAUCCAGUGAGUUUGGAUUUGCUUCGUACAUUCCCUCGUGUGUUGAUUAUGGAUUGCACAUAUAAGACGAAUAGAUAUCGGCUUCCUCUUCUUGAAAUUGUAGGAGUAACAUCAACUCAUAUGACAUUCUCCGUGGCUAUCGCAUACUUGCAAACUAAGCGGGUUGAUAAUUAUGCAUGGGCGUUACAAACAUUGCAUGAUCUUAUGGACGACAGUGUUUUACCUAAAGUCAUUGUCAUAGACAGAGAGCUUGCUUUGAUGAAUGCCAUUGACAACACCUUUUCGAAUGCUCGACAUUUGUUAUGUUGUUGGCAUAUUAAUAAGAAUGUAUUGACAAAAUGCAAGAAAAUGUUUGAGACAAAAGAAAAAUGGGACAAGUUUAACACUGCAUGGAACUAUUUGAUAUUGUCAUUGACUGAAGAGGAAUACAAUGAUCACCUUGCAACACUACAUAAGGAUUUCAGUAACUAUCUGGAGGCAAUCAAAUAUGUUACUGUGAGUUGGUUGAAUCGGGUUGAGAGUGCUCAUGCUAGAUUGAAGAGGCAAUUAGGUUCAAGUCAAACGACAUUUGAGGUUUCAUUUGAAAAAAUACGUUGUCUACUUGAGUUGCAGGACAUUCAAGUUAAAGCAUCAUUCGAGAAGAGUUUGACAACUGUACAACAUCAAUUCAAACCUUCUCAAUUCAGAGAGCUCCGGGGUAAUGUGUCUAUUUGUGCAUUGGAGUACGUGUUAGCAGAGAGUAAGAGAGCAAAUUCAGUUGGAAUUGAUGUUAUAACAUGUGGGUGUGUUUUUAGGCACACACAUGGUUUACCUUGUGCUCACGAGAUUGCAGAUUACACGAGACAAGGCCGUCUUAUUCCACUCAGUAGCAUACAUGAGUUGAGGGAAAUUGAAAAUCCAGCGAGCACUUUUCUUAUUGAGCCCGAUGUGAAACCUAAUCCACGUCGAGGACAUAAGAAAAUUGAUAUAUCUUGUCGUCGUGACCCGUGUGCAUUUGAGUUGGUUGAUGAUGAGCAUGAUAGCCAGAGCACAUUAGCUUCCAGUCAGUCAAAGAAAAAGAGAGCUUCAAAAGUGCAUGAGAAUAAGCGGAAUGUGAAGACAAAGACAUAUCGUACAAGAACAAGUUUACUGAGUGCAUAUGCUGCUGACUUUCCACCUACGUUAAUACCAUUCAUAAAGUUGAUGAAGGAUGUAGAUGGUGAUGGGAAUUGUGGAUUUAAAGCUAUUGUAGGUUUACUUGGUCUUGGAGAGAAUGACCGGGUGCAAGUUAGGCGUGAUCUGCUACUUGAAUUGAAUAAUCACAGAGAUGAAUACGUCGUACUAUAUGGGUCGCAUGAGAGGGUUAAGGAGCUGACACACAUCCUUUCAUAUUUUGAAAAUAGCCCAGGCUUUGAUCGUUGGAUGACUAUGCCUGACAUGGGGCAUCUUAUUGCAUCAUUUUAUAAUGUAGUCUUGUACCACUUGUCAUUGCAACAAUAUCUCACUUUCUUAUCUUUGAGAUCACCGUCAAUAACCCUAGUUGAUCGUCGCGAGAUUGCCAUUGGAUUUGUCAAUGAAAAUCAUUUUGUGCAGGUGUUUUUGGAAGCCGGUCAUCCAGUUCCUCCCAUUGCCGUGCUUUGGCGAGUUCACCAUCACCCUUGUGCUUCAGAAUGA